AUGGCAACAUCCAUGGCGACUACUAUGCUGACGAUGAAGCCAACCCGUCUCAGCUUUAUCAGCGAAUCGAGCGAUGGCCUGGAAUCAGCAGACACAUGGGCCACUGAAGACAGCAGCUGUGAAGACGAUGAUGAGAUUUCCAGUGGCGUUUACUCCUCGUCUGCUGCCUCUCAAGGCAUGGCUGCUCCCACUUCUCAACAACACAGUAGUAGCAACGAUCUGUAUUCGGGUUCGACGUUGUUGUUGGCCGAAAAGGAUCGUCAGAUUCAACAACUCAAGCUGGCACUGGACGCUGCCUUGCGAGACCAUUACAUUCUGGAAGAACGAGUUAGUCAACAGCAACAGCAAAUGGAUAUUCUGCAGCGAUUCUCGCAACAAGAUAAGCAAACGAUUGCCCGGCUGGAAGAACAGAUCACGCGGCUCCGAGACGCCGGUUUCACAUCGGCUGCCAGCAGUGUGGCGUACACGACGGAUGACGACGACGACGACGACUGCUUUGACGACAAUGAUAGUCAAGUGCGAGAUCAGAUUGCGGCCGUCAAGGCAUCGUUGGAACAGGGAUCUCAUCAGGCCAAGGCCAAUCAAGUGUCACUCACGCAAGAACUAGAAACCUCACGGCGACUGCGACAAAAGUUGGCCAAUCGUAAGGGGUGCCACCAAGCGGCUAGUGAUCGAUCAGCAUCGUCCUCAUCGCCACCAGCAACUCCGACUAGUACUGUUCGCUACCACCACAACAACAAUCCAUCCUCCAACCAUAGCCUGUCGCUGACACAACAAAUCGCAACGUUGGUUACUUCCGUACAGGAACAAGAACAGUACAUGGCCGAAAUUGCUCAGUCCUUCCAGAACGACAAGGCAACCAUUCCAGUGUCACUCUACCAGGCCGAAAUUCAACAGUGGAAACUGGCACUCAAACAACUACAAACUUACAACCACGCAGACGACGACGACAACAACAACACUGACACUCGGAUGCUACAAGAGACACUCGAGCAAUCCAGCCAACUGCUCGAGCAAGCCAAUGUCAAAUUGCAGCAGUUGGAGGCAGCGUUGUCUCUAGCACAAGGAGAAUCUCAAGAUUCUCAGGCACGGGCUGCUACGUUGUUUCAAGUGGUACAGAAACUUCAGCGGGAUAAGGAAGAAGAAAUCCAUUUGCUGGACAUUGUGAUGCAACAUUUGAUUGACCUGGAACAACAACAACAACAGGAACAACAGCCGCAAAGGACACGCAAAACAAAGUAA